UCCUGGAUUAUUUUUUUGGGGCAGACAGCUCUGAAUUUUCCAAAAGCGGCUACAAAGAAAAGCAAUGAUCAACAAAAACAAGGAAAUAACCGCAACAUAGGCUACAUCCCGCAGCCCUCUGUAGUUUAAAAAGAAAGUAUCGGGGAUAGUUAAAAAAUGAGCUCUUAUGUUGACAGCUCCAAUCUCAGGCAAACAAGCGAGACAACUUCUCCUAACACUAUGUUUAGUUUCGAUCUAUCUGGGCGCGGGUCCAACCGUUAUAAGGGUGUUAAUGUGAACGGGAUAUUCACUUGUCCCGUCCCCACGACCUCUGUUGAACGAGAGGAGAUGAAAACUAGCCUGCGUGGCAACACGGAUACUCCUCUCCCGCCGGGACCACAGAUAACCAUGGUCUCCAGUAGCUCGUCCGUGGACGCAAGCGGGCUCAACUACGGCAGCAGCACGCUGCUGGGACGAGGGGCGGACAGAGACCCGGAGAGGAGCGCAAAAUCCGGCGGUAACAAGAGCCAUGAGAGCGACAGAAACGCGGAGAACACGCAAGCGAUGAAACGAAACACAAAUGCGAGCCAGCGUCAGGACAGUGAGCAGCGGCCACAGAUUUAUCCAUGGAUGACAAAACUGCACAUGAGCCACGAAUCGGAGGGUAAGCGGUCCAGGACCAGUUACACCCGCUACCAGACUCUGGAGCUGGAGAAAGAGUUUCACUUCAACCGGUACCUGAGCCGCCGCAGGCGCAUAGAGAUCGCCCACAGCCUGUGUCUAAACGAGAGGCAGAUCAAAAUCUGGUUCCAGAACAGACGAAUGAAGUGGAAGAAGGACUCAAAGAUCAAAGUGAAGGAAUAAAAGUGCACUGAUAGGGGCGCAGCACGUUUUUCAGCCCCACACUGCACAGUGCUGGAGUGCCGCCUGACCUCCGGAUGAACUGCUAGGAGCAAUGACAUCAUGACACCGCUCUGUGCGCUUCAUCACCAAUUAUGUGUCACUUGCUGCAGUUUGGGACCUAAUGUAUUGAAUAUCACUCACUUUGAUCAAUCGGUUUACAUUUCUAAAUUAAUUUGCUGUCCAUGCGAUGAUAACCUCACUUUGCUGCACGGAGGGGACAAGAGGUUGAGGGGAGCUGGGGUCCUUCAAACUGCAAGUAUUUGGCCUGCAGUGCACUGGAAGGCUGCACAAUGCUACUAAUAAUCUAUGUUUUUUAAUUAGGAUAACAGUAGUGGAGGCAGAGCGAUAGCCUGCAUCAUUUCAAGCUCUUUAUCAUCAUCAUAUGAUAAAACUGUUAGGUCAACAAAUCAAAUAAAGGCAACUGCUUUGGAAAUCAUAAUGAUUAUGAGCUGUCCUAUAACCAUCAGUUAAAUAGGUUCCCAGCGGUAAAAACUACUUUCUAUUUCUUUUAAAAAUUUACUCCCUAAUAUGUUGCAGUGCAAACAAAAUAGGAUGUGUGAUGUGUUCAGUGAGCAAUGUAUUUGUGAGUGGAUUUCUUUGAAGGCACCAUCCAUGUUGUCUGUUUUACCCUUGUGAAGCUAAAUCAUUGUGUAUAAUUCAGCGACUGUAUGUGAUAAUAUUGUAAAUGUGCAAUGAAGCCAUUUCUCCUCCCCUUUGUAAACUUAAGGUGCCUGGUUUACACAAGGCCUAGAAUAACUGAUAGAUGGCUUAUUUGUUGAUUGUAACCAAUAAAGUCUCAUCAUUAAAAAUUAAGGGAAUUUCCUAUUGUCAA